UCACCGUUCCUCUCAUCCAUUUCCAAAUCUGUCUUCGGCUCGCUCCGCCGCUCGCCGUCAUGCUGCUCAACGCUCCCCAACUCGCUCUCCUCGCUUCCUCCUCUUAUCUUCCGGCGGGAGGCGCUGGUGGUGGCAGAUUCCGGUUUCCCGGCUCCUACUUGAAGCUGACGAAGGGGGAGCGUCGUAGAGGACCCGUACUCGCUGCUGCCGAGGGCAGCCAAGCUAUUACUGGUGUCUUUUUCCAGCCGUUCGAGGAGCUCAAGAAAAUCGAGGCGUCGCUCGUCCCCAUCGCCCUCGAUCAGUCCCUCGCUCGCCAGAAAUACACCGAUGACUGCGAGGCGGCCAUUAAUGUUCAGAUCAACGUGGAGUACAAUGUGUCCUAUGUCUACCAUGCUCUGUUUGCUUACUUCGAUCGAGAUAACGUUGCACUAAAAGGCCUGGCAAAAUUCUUCAAGGAAUCAAGCGAUGAGGAAAGGGACCAUGCUGAGAAAUUUAUUAAGUAUCAGAACAAACGAGGAGGAAGGGCUAAGCUUUUGCCCAUAGUUACACCUCCGACUGAAUUUGAUCAUGUGGAGAAGGGUGAUGCUUUGUAUGCCAUGGAAUUGGCUUUGGCUCUCGAGAAGCUGACAAAUGAGAAACUACUUCAGCUGCACACUGUAGCUCAGAAUUCCAAUGAUCCCCAACUGACAGAAUUCAUCGAGAGUGAGUUUCUGGAAGAACAGGUGGAAACAAUUAAAAAUGUCUCUGAAUAUGUUGCUCAGUUGAGGAGAGUUGGAAAAGGGCAUGGAGUUUGGCACUUCGACCAGAUGCUUCUCCAUGAAGGAGAUGCAGCCUGAGCUUUACUAGGAAUGUUCUUAUCCUCCGUAUCUAGUUCUAGAUCGUUGUUGUCUGAACCUUGUGAUGGUCGUCUUACUUUGAUUCUCUUUUGCAUGCAGUCAUGUGAAUAAAAACUCGUACUCGUCGUAGUGUAAUUUCCUUGAAGCGCACUGUCUAGUUUUGGCGUGUAGACUCCUAUGAAACUUGUGGUUCAGGUCACUGAAGAUUUUCAAUUUGCAAUUUAGCCCCAUAAA